AUGACGGCCUCAAAGAAGAUCCCUUGUCCAUGGACCCCCGAGGAAGAUAUCCUCUUGAAUUGCCUGACCAGCGAGAAGCAGGAGUUGGAAGAAGGACCCAUCAACUGGAUGGAAAUUGCCUUACACUUUACAAACCGAAGCAAUAAAGACUGUCGAAAGCGUUGGGUCUACGCCUUAUGCCCGUCCAUCAAGAAGGGAACGUGGGAGGAGGGCGAAGACUCGGCGUUGCGAGACGCGGUCAGGCUGUUCGGAACAAAGUGGUCAGACGUAUCUCGACACGUAGGCUCCAGGCAAGCGGACCAGUGCGCACGAAGGUGGCAUCAGAUCCUGAAGCCGGACAUCAAUAGAGGCCGGUGGUCUUUAUACGAGGUUGACGAAAUGUUGAAGAACGCCGUGCUAGCCCACGGUCGACAUUGGACUGAGAUCGUGGAAAGAUAUUUCUGCGAUCGAACACCAAUAGCAGCUAGGAGCAGGUACGACCUGCCGACUCAACCCAUUCAUUGA